AUGUCUGAUCAUGUGUCACAGUUUGCCUCAAAACUUGUGACCCGAGUAGAAAUUGAUUUCAGCGUGGGACGUAAAGCAGACUCUUUUGUGGGUAUGGCCUACGAAGCAGGUGCUGUGGCCUCAGUUUACAGACAUGAAGAGGAAUAUGAAACAAAGCCGAGGGCAGAGAUCAAAGAUGGCAACACGAGGAGGGAGCAAACAGCCCAGGGCAUAAAAAGUGGAAGGGAGACGGGUGGUGGAUUAGGAGGAGGGGGUGGCUGCAGGGAUGACGGAGGUUGUAAUUUUCCAAGAGCUCUGGAAAGACUUAAUGGAAAGUUUAACUGA